AGUCAGCUGAUUCUUCUGUCAUUUCUAUGUUUAUCAUGGAUCUGAAAUUCAAUAAUUAAUAACAACAAACCCUAAAUAACCAUUCCAUAUAUCCAUAAAUCAAAAGUUGAAAUUUAUUCAUAAACAUUUACUCGCACGUAAAUUUUAAAUUAUAAAAUGUCUGGAUUGUUUAUAAACGGUGCCACUGAUGAUGCAUCCAUUAAAUUAUUUGAUGAACUGGAAAACUCCGUACAAUCUCUUAUCAAUGCUGCAAUAGAAGCCAGAAAGAAUGCCUAUUGUCCGUAUAGUAAAUUUGCAGUUGGUGCAGCUAUUAAAACCGAUGAUGGAAGCAUUUACACCGGAAGUAACAUAGAAAAUGGAGCAUACAGUGCUUCUCUCUGUGCCGAAAGAGUAGCGGUUGCCAAAGCAAUAAGUGACGGCAAACGACAGAUUGCAGCAGUUGCCGUGGUCGGACUGCAAGAGGGUGCAUUUACAACACCGUGUGGCUUGUGUCGUCAGUUUCUUAUGGAAUUCACCAAAACUGAUUUUCCCAUUUAUGUUGCAAAACCAAUUAAUCCACCCUUGCGAGUGUUGGUUACCAGCAUAAAUCAACUUUUACCAAAAAGUUUUAAACUAGAUAUUUAGAAUUUUAGAAAUCCUAAUUUUUAAUGCACAUAUUUUUGUAUAUAAUUUAUUUUGAUAACCAAAUGUUUUCUUUUAAUAAAUAAAGAUAAUCACUAACAACUGAA